AUGAUUGCCCUCGUGCACCACAUCGUUGAUUUGUCUGGGAAGAUCCCUCAGCUCCUGUUCGUCCUGGAGGACCGUCAGCUGUCCGCCCAGUUGAACACAGGUUUUGGGUUUGUAAAUCAAAUCGAUACGAAAGAACCGCCUGCAAGGUGCGUUCUGUACGAGUCACCUAAGAACCCUACCAAAGUUGGUCUAGAAAAUCAACCCUGCGGAAAGAGCAAUUCCAAGGAGUAUAUGAAAAGGUUCAUCUCCGGUAAUCAAGUGACUCCUGGCGAAUAUCCCUGGGUAGUGGCUCUAUUUAAAAACGGAAAAUUCUGGGCUGGCGGUUCUCUGAUCGCCCCCGGAGUUGUCCUCACCGCUGCACAUCGUGUAAAAUUUGAACAGAAAGAUGAUAUUGUGGUAAGGGCUGGCGAAUGGGAUUUCAACUCCAACAUAAAGGGAUUCCAGUACGAGGAACGUGGGGUGAAGAAGGUAGUGUGUCACGAAAGAUUCGAUUAUCAGAGUGGUGCCAACAACUUGGCGCUGCUCUUCCUGAAGUCUAAGUUCCAACUGAAGGAGCAUAUUCGAACCAUCUGUCUGCCGACCCCGAAAACCUCCUUCGAAGGACAUCGCUGCAUUGUAGCCGGUUGGAGAAAAACAAAUAUCACCCAUCCGAGCCACGCCUCCGUCCUGAACAAGGCGGAUCUACCCAUGAUAAGUCGAAACAAGUGUGAGCAACAGCUGAAGCUGACCAAGUUGGGCUGGAAAUAUCAACUUCCCCAGGGUAUCAUUUGUGCCGGAGGCGAGUUGAACCAGGAUGCCUGCUUCGGCGACGGAGGAUCGCCGCUUUUCUGCCCCGUUGGCGAUCGGUUCGGGGAUAUCUACAUCCAGGUGGGAAUCGUGAACUUUGGCAUGUCCUGCGGACUGGAAAAUGUUCCGGGAAUGUAUACAGACGUGGCCAUGUUUCGGGAGUGGAUUGAUGACAACCUGCUGGAGUUUAACUAUAAUUAA